AUGGCGGUAUCAGGAAGAAGAGCUUUGGACAACCUAUUAUCAACUACUUUGCGUUUAAGUUCACAAGCGGGCGCUAUCGUAUCCUGUCAUCCAUGUGGAUUAAGUGGCCAGAUAGUAAAUGCGAAAGGAUAUUGCCAAAACUGUAGGAAAUAUUUGUGCAACAGUUGUAUAAGCAGUCACGAAAAGGCCACACCCACAAGGAAACAUAUUGUCAACAAGAAUUUCGAGUUUACUUCAACUGCAGAUGCAAAUGGUAAAUUACAAAGUUGUUCUACACAUCCAAACGAGGAUGUUAAGUUAUAUUGUCGUGCUCAUGGAAGGCUUGGGUGUGUGAUUUGUAUGACAUUGUCACACAAACUGUGUGAAAUUGAUUUUAUCCCAGAAGUGUCGGAGCAGUUUGUAAAAAGUGAUGAGUAUUUGAGCUUCGAGACAAAUGUCAGUAACAUAAAAGAAAGGUGCUCAAUUGGUCUGAGCAAGAUAGAAGCAAAUAUCAUUGACAUUGAAACAGAAUAUGCAAAUGUUAUUUCUGCAGUUGAGAAGACGAAAAAGGAAAUCAUAGAAGAACUUGAUAAAUUUGAGGGUGAAUUGAAAGACAAAGUAACAACAUACAGAAAGAAGAACAUUGAAACAAUGGACACGUUAAAGAAAGCUUAUGAAUCGGUUGUUAAGAACAUUGAAGACAAAGAAGCUAUAACAAAAAGCAUGAUUAAAGAUAAAAAGUACAACUUACUCUUCUGUGAAGUUAAACAGGCAUUUGCUAUGGUUUCAGAAUAUCAGUCACAGACUUAUGAAUUAUCUACAAGACUAGGCAAACAAGAAUGCAAAUUUCAAAAGAACAGCGAACUAAACACAUUUCUUACUAAAGAAAAGAUGCUCGGUACAAUACAUAUUAAAGAUCUAGAAUUGGGUUCCUGUAAUGCACAAGAAAGAGUAAGCACACAUCCGAUAUGCCAUAUCAAUAUUAAAGGCAAAAACGAUAAGAAGACAUGCUAUGCAACAGGACUUGCUUUCAUGUCAUCCAAUCAGUUAGCUGUUGCUGACAAAGCAAACAAAAACGUGAAAAUAGUGGAUGUUAGCUACAACAAAAUGAUAUCUGAAAUCAUGUUAUCCUCAAGUCCUCGUGACAUCACAGUCAUACCAACCAACCAGCUCGCCGUCACAUUAAGGGAUGAGAAAAUAAUCCAGCUAUUGUCAACAGCAUCGGGUCUUACAAAAACUGAACAAAUAAAGACAGAUGGAAAAUGCCGAGGUAUUUACUUUGACAGUGGAAUUUUAUUUGUAACUUUUGAUAAUAUCAUGCCAAAAUUGCAAAUGAUGAACUUAAAUGGCGAGGUAAUUCGCUCAUUUGAAGUAGGUCAACAGGGCAAAAGCCUAACAUCUCAACCAAAAUCAAUUUGCUUAAGCCCAGGUCGAAACCAGAUAUACUUUACAGACUAUAUUAAAAUGACUAUAGCUCGCAUAUCAAUAGGCGGAGAAUUUACGGCAGAAUAUAAACUUUCGAAUUUCUUGGGCCUUGCUGUCAGCACUUCCGGCUCGGUGUACGCAUGUGCAAAGACAUGUGAUACGGUUAUUCAGUUUUCAGAUGACCUGUCAAAAGCUACAACAGUAGUUAAUGAGAAUGUUGGUGUAAGAGGUCCGUUGGCUCUUGCAUUAUCAGAGAAAAAGAACAAUCUCUAUGUGAGUUGUGGAAAAGGUGAUGAAACAUGCUGUAAUAGACUGCAUGUAUUUAAAAUCACAUAA